AUGCACAUACUGACCCCUCACGUUUACUGGGCUCAGCGGCACGGAGAGAUUUAUCUCCGCGUGGAACUGAGCGAUGCCAAGAAUCUAGAUAUAAGCCUGCAAGAAAAUAACACACUCCAGUUCAGAGCACAGGGCCACGGAGCUAAAGGAGAUAAUGAAUACGAGUUCAGUCUGGAGUUCCUGAAACCUGUUAGGCCUGAGAUCAAGCACAAGUCCACUCAGCGUCAGGUGGACAUCAAAAUCAAGAAGCAGGAGGAACGAUGGUGGGAGCGGCUGACGCUGCAGGAGAGAAAGCCCCUGUUCCUGGCUCCAGACUUCGACCGCUGGCUGGACGAAUCAGAUGCUGAGAUGGAGCUUCAGGCUAAGGAGGAAAAGAUAAACAAGAUAAGUGUGGAGUCAAGAGUUCGCAAAGACCCUUAUCUGGGGCUGAAGAAAGGCUACCUGUUUAUGUACAACCUGGUCCAGUUCCUGGGAUUCUCCUGGAUCUUUGUCAACAUGACCGUCCGACUCUUCAUUCUCGGUCAAGACUCGUUCUACGAUACCUUUCACACCACAGCCGACAUGAUGUACUUCUGUCAGAUGAUGGCCGUUCUGGAGGUCAUCAAUCCCCUGCUGGGUCUGGUUAAGACUGGAUUUUUCCCUGCUAUGAUACAGGUGGCCGGGCGGAACGUGGUGUUGUUUGUGGUCUUCGGCAGCCUGGAGGACAUGCAGAACAAACCCGUGGUCUUCUUCGUCUUCUACCUUUGGAGCACCAUCGAGAUCUUCAGAUACCCCUUCUACAUGCUGGCCUGCAUGGGCACUGAGUGGAAGCUGCUGACGUGGCUGCGAUACAGCCUGUGGAUCCCCCUCUACCCUCUGGGCGUCGUAGCUGAAGCCGUGGCUGUGAUCCAGUCUUUGCCCAUCUUCGACGAGUCCCGCCUGUUCAGCAUCCCCCUCCCAGCUGUGCUGGGACACUCCAUAAGCUUCUCCUACUCCCUGCAGCUCUACCUGGUGCUCAUGUUUCUGGCGACCUGCCAGCUUUAA